AUGUCCAACACUAUAUUCAACCUUUCAAAUGUGCAGAAUGCUUUAGUCAACUCACCUACAAAAGGAAUAAAAAUGCUUCCUUUGGAUGUUGUAGUAAAAGUAAAAGCAAGUGAAUGGGAGCAAUACCUUGACCGCAUUCAAUCACUUUGUUCAACAAAGUGGAAUAAAUGUAGAAAACUUUGUGCAAGAGAAUUAAUAUAUGGAGAGACAAAAAAAUGUCACCAAGCAGGAUUUUAUAUAUCAGAUAGAAAUGUUUGUCUUGCUCAGAAAGACACUAAGCUUUAUUAUUGCGAAGCCACUAUUUUCAUCAAGCAAUACGUCAACAACCCUGAAGUAGUUUUAAUUUGUAUGACCAAUAAUCAUACCAACCAUGUUCCUGACAACACUUCUGAAAUUAGAACAUUGCCUUUAUCUUCUGAGGCCAUCAAAAUUAUUGAGGAUCAGUUAAAAGGGGGCAGCACCUAUAGAAAUACUAGAAUUUCAAUGAAGAAUAUACUGUAUAAGUUCCACUCUGAUGAAAAUAAGUCUCUGGAUAUUUGGAUGCAUGAGAAGUUACCAUCACAGAACUAUUGUAUCUUUACUGGCAAUCUUUCUGCAUACAGCAACAAUGCACAGAAUUUUGCAUUUGGAUUUCCAUCACCAUCUCAAAUGAUGCUAAUGAGAAUUUACCAGUCAUUUUGUCUUGAUACAACAUACAACAUCUCUGCACGCAACAUUGAAAUAUUAUACUCACUUGUUACUCAUCAUCCUGAUACUGGAAAAGGUUCUCCUGUUGCAUACAUGAUUAUAAACAAUCAUAGUAUUAGUUCUAUUAAUCAAUGA